AUGGCUUCAUUCCACAAGACUGCAACUAUAAUAAUAGUUGUCCUUUGCUCAUGCAACGUCCUCAAAGGUGAUCCAGAUGAAACAGUGGUAUCCAAAAUCUGCAAUGGAGACACGGGGACAACCUGGUCGUACAAUGAUUUGGUCAAUGAUCUCCUUCAAGAUCUAGUGGACCAUACACCGGGCUCUGGCUUCAAUUAUUAUAAAGAGAAGGAUGAGUUCUUGACUAAUUCCUGCUAUGGUCAUGGAGCAUGCAAUGGGUUACUCACACCUCCGGAUUGCCACAAAUGCUUAGGUGACGCCAAGGAACUGAUACAGAAGGAUUGUCACUUUAGCGUCGGCGCUCAAGUUCAGCUUCAAGACUGUAGAAUUAGAUCUUGUAGCCUCUCCAACUUUCGCAGAGUAGAAAAGAGUGCAAAGCGGCUGUGCAUUAGAUAA